AAACAAACGCUCUUGAACUCGACCACCACCACCAACAGAGCGCGACAAUGUCAACAGACGCGACUGCUCGCACCUCUGAAGUCAAAAACACCUCCGCCGACCCCAAGACAGCAGACGCGUCGGCCGACGGUAAAGGAAAGGGAAAAGCUUCAGUCGCUCACGAGGACGAGCGCAUGGAGGACGAAGAUGAGGAGGAGGAGGAGGAGGAAGAUGAUGAUGACGAUGAUGACGACGAUGAGGAUAUGGAUGUCGAGGAGAGUUUGGAAGAAAUAGAUCCCACCUCCAUCGUUGGUCGCCGCACUCGCGGGAAAAAGGUCGACUAUACCUCCCCUGAGGCUUUAGCCAAGGCUGGCCUCAAGAAGGAAGAGCUAGAAGAUGAUGAAGAAGAAGUAAAAAUGAAGGACAACUAGGCCUCGGAGGAUAGGAAACGUUGACCGUGUUUCUGCUACGCUCCCCUUGGUCCGGUCGUUACAAGGCUUCGAAUGUUGUAGGUACCCGUGUAUAUGCUGCAGUUGUAUCCUUGUAAAUGCUCCAACCAUCAUGUGCUCUUUCGUUGGUGGGAAAUGCUCA